GGAAUUUUGACUAGGUAGUGUCUCGGCCCUUUUCUACUUAUCUUAUUCAACAAUGGCAUGGCGUUCCCACGGGCGCUCAAAUUUAGAUCUAGUUAAAAACCUUAGAGCCAACAAGGUUAUACACAGCGAUGAUGUGGAGAACGUCUUGGCCUUAGCCCAGGUUGACGUUGACAGAGGCAAGAACGUAACUCACAAUCCGUACAUGGACGCGCCACAGAGUAUUGGCUACGGUGUCACCAUCAGCGCUCCUCACAUGGUCACAGGAUCCUCACAGCGUUUGACACAGUUCAACAUGAUAUUUUGAAAAAAAAUUGCUUUUUUAUA